AUGAGGGGUUUAUUUAUAUUCUACAACAAGACUGCUACGUCGCUAAAACACCGCGCUUUUGCUUUUUACGUCAGUCGAUCCAACGCACUGCCCAGACUUCACCUUAUCCAACACACUGCAGGGAGACAGUGCAGUUCUGUUGCAGCAGCUGGGGCAGAGAAAGACACAUUUUUUAAAUGGUUUCUGCUGCUUAUUCCUGUGACUACAUUUGGUCUUGGGACAUGGCAGGUCAAGCGACGACAGUGGAAAUUGGAACUGAUAAAUGACCUGACCAGGCUCACGACUGCUGAGCCCGUUGCUUUACCUUCAGACCCUCAUGAGCUGAACUCUUUGGAGUACAGGAGAGUGAAGACUCGUGGGAGAUUUGACCACUCAAAAGAAUUGUACAUCAUGCCUCGAUCCCCUGUUGACCCUGAAAGAGAAGCACGAGAGGCCGGCAGCAUCUCGUCCAGUGGACAGAUCGGUGCUAACGUCAUCACACCGUUCUACUGCACUGACCUCGGCAUCACAAUUCUUGUCAAUCGAGGGUACGUUCCAAGACAGAAAGUCAAGCCAGAGACAAGGAUGAAGGGACAGGUGGAAAAGGAAGUAGAAGUGGUUGGAAUAGUCAGAUUGACCGAGGAGCGUAAACCUUUUGUCCCAAAUAACGACGUGCAGAAAAACCGAUGGCAUUAUCGUGACUUGGAGGCCAUGGCUCAGCUCACCGGAGCCGAGCCCAUCUUCAUCGACGCCGACUUUGCCAGCACUAUUCCUGGAGGACCAAUAGGAGGUCAGACUAGAGUAACUCUCCGGAACGAGCACAUGCAGUACAUUAUGACUUGGUAUGGCCUCUGUGCAGCGACCUCUUACAUGUGGUAUGCAAAGUUUAUCACCAAGAUUAAAAUAUAA